AUGCACGGGAUUGUGUACCCGGUUCUGGCCGGUGUUUUUGCCUCCCUGGCGGCCAUCGCAAGCAAAGUGACCUUCGCCAACUAUUCGUGGCAAAACGACCCUUUGCCAUUUCUGGCCUUCCUCUCCGCGGCCCUCGUUUCAAACGUUCUAAUGUGGCUGUUUUUCACAAAAGCGCUGGCCCGUUCAACGUCGACUGUGAAGGUGAUGGCCAUCAACACCGGAACAAAUUUUGCCCUCACGGGAAUCCUCGGAGCCGCGAUAUGGGGGGAAACGCACUCGAUAGUUUGGUGGCUCGGCCUGUCGCUUGUCAUUUCGGGCAGUGCGCUGUUGCUGAACGAGGAGGACGAGAAGAAGCGCAUGGAA